AUGGACAACGAAAGCUUUGUGAGAUUUGAGGAUAACGAAUCGGGGAAAGUUUACUAUUAUCCCAGAGGGAAAUCUUUUGCCGAUACAAGUUUUCUGUAUUUGGAGUGUUUUGAUCAAGAAAAACAAAAGAAAUAUUAUCUUAAUCAAGCUUACGGGAAAAUUUUGUGGGAGCUGCCUGUCAUGGAUUUUGAAAAAGUUGAGAAAGAGACUGCUGAGUUGCUACAACAGCAGGCUCAGCAAAGAUCAGCAACAACCUCUUCAUCAUCAGCAACCAACGCCCUACCUUCAACAACAAGUAGCGCAUCAACUUCACGAACAUCAAUUGACAAGAACACACGAACAUCAAUGGACAAAGCCGAUUCCGUUACGUCCAAGCAAGAGUCUUCCCCAAAGACACCUACCACUCCAAGCACACCAGCUCAAGAGGAGAGAAAGUCUCUCGAUAAGAAAAAUGAUAGCACACCACCAACUUUACACAAAGAAAAGUCAAAUUUCAAAGCAGGUCUGAAAUCAAUCUUCUCACAAAAAUCGUUUAUCUCUAGGGCAUCAUUUUCUACUGGGAAUAACAAUGAAGCAGUUUCUAGGGCAUCAUUUUCAUCUUCAGCAAGUAACGAAGGAGUUUCCAGAGGCUCUUUUUCUGGAGAAACAGACAGCGAAGUGGGGGACGAUGAUUUCUCAGAUUUUGCAACUGCCAAUAUUGCUCAACCCGUUACUGCCACAGAUUCAAAACCAAAAAUGAAAUUCGAGAGAGUGACAAGCGAGGCAGUUCUGGGAGUAACACCAACCACUAUAGAGAAGCCAAAAGCACAAACUAUGCGAGGUACUUUGUUUUUAAAAAGAGAUUCUAUAAUUGAAAUUGAAAACUCGGGUCCUGUAAAACAAAAACGAGGAGAAUUAGAAGCAUCUAUCGAGAGCAGUUUAUUUACGGGUGUAGGAAUGGGAAAUGUAAAAGUAUUAGCAGCUGUAGAAGGAAUAUUGGCAGGAUCAAGCUCCAAGAAAAAAGAUAAGAAAGAUAACAUUAUCAUGGCUGUGGCCAGAGACUGGUGUGGAUCGUAUAUGGUUGCAACAAUUAGUAACAUGAGAACAGGACUUUCUUUUUCAGGAAAUGCUAGAUCUAUCACAAAAACUUACUCUCUUGCCGACAAUUUUAACAUCAAAACGUUGGAACCUGGAAGUACUGUAAAAUUCGAAUUAAGCAUUGAUGGAGAAAAGGAAGUUGAUGAAGAUAUUUUGAACAUGAGACUAGCUAGUGUAGAGUUUGCUGAAUCUACAUGCCCUACGACGUAUUCAACAGAAGACGUACAAAGCUUAGUAUCAUUAACAUUUGAUUCAAAAAAAAUCAUUCCAGAAGAUGUUGUAACUCUACGAGCCAUGAUUAGAAAGUCGCCUAAUAGAAAAGCGUUACUUCAGGCGUUACAUCAACGCUUGGAAAAUACCUCUGCUACCGACGAAAAAGAAAUUUCACUGAUUUUAGAAUUAUUUAAUGAGGCGAUUAUAUGUCCCGUAAAAUGUGAGGGAGGUCUUGAGCAAAAAAUUAAAGAUAGGCUACUUUCUCUGAGAGGUAUGAUGAAAGAUGGAGAUGUUGCAGAAAAAGUGGAUUUAGUGAUUGAGCAGAUACAAAUUCUUAUUUCAGUUCUAGAGAACUGGCAAGGACGAGGAAAGUUACCAGAUGUGCCGUUUCCUCCUGAGUUCCUGGGAGGGCCUACAAGCGACAUUGGAAAAAAGAAGAUGGAAAAACAAAGUCAGCAAAUCAAAGAAAAUAUUUCCAAGUAUUUCAACGGAGUUUUCUUAAGCGUAAUAUAUUACACAGAUACACACAUUCUCAUGGACAGUUCAAACAUGCUUCCAUCCGAAAAACUAAGGUUUCCAUAUGCUUCAAUCCCAACUGUCUCCAUGGAUUCUCCUGAUUUUCAGUGGUUAUUAGAUUUAGGUAAAAACUGGUCCGAAUUGAUUUCAAAUUAUGAUGACCCUCCUGAAAAUGUUUUCCCCUCCAUCAAGCUCGAUAUGAUUCGUGCAGGAAAAAAGUUAAGAUCGACAUUCAAUAUUAGUUUGGGCGUCUUAUACGAUAGGGUGGUAGAUGUGAAGGAAACCAAAGUAGCAAUGUUACUUGCAUGUAAAUACUUGGAGGAUAGGUCCUUAAUUACCCAUCCAAAUUAUGUUUGGGAGGAGAGAACUGUGUUUGAACAUCGCUUAUACCAAGGACUUGGAAUAUUAAGCCAUUAUAAUGAGAGAAUUGAGAGAUUGUCCGAUACUUUCUAUGGGCCAAGAUUUAUUGAAAAUGUUAUCACCUUUUCAAAACAAAUGACAUCCACAAAAAUUCUCGAGGAUGGUGUUUAUCUUGGAUACUUACGGUGGUGUUGGUCAUCUAAAAAUGAUUUCAGACUAUUACUUGACGAAAACAAACGGAUGAUGAUUCCUCAUGUAAGGAUAACAAAGGGAGCUCUGGAUAAAGAGAAACUAGAGUGGAUGCAAACUAUACGGGCUCGAUCAGCGAUUGGACAACCAAUCGAGGCAGACUAUCAACAUCAAGUGACAUUAGAAGUUCCAAUUGAUCAGUAUGAAAAGUUUGAACACAAAUUUUAUAGGGCUAUACUUGAGCUAAAAUCCUCUCUUGGUAUUGAUGGCUUGGGAUAUUUAUAUGAUUUAGAAUCCAUCACCUUGGAUCCCAACAACAAAAUAUAUUUAAUAGUGUAUUGUGACCAAAGUGAUGAGGAUGACCUCAGAGAUAAUUGGUCUGGAAAAUAUAUAUGGAGAUCGCUGAGAAGUUUCGAGAACAUACAUACAUAUUGUUUUUGGGAGCACGUGACAAGUUUGUACAAGUCCAAUGUAAAUAAGAUAGUAUGUUCGGGAGUAGAGCCAGACGGGAGUACUACGGAUGAAAUUGGUCGAGGGCUGUCUAGCAAUGAAAAGCAAAAUGCCCUAACAAGAGCACACAAAGCAUUCUUUCCGUUUAGAUGGCCUUCAAGAAUAUUAAAUUGGGCUAUGAAAGGCUACGUUUCGUUCAUAAACGUCUCUACACCAAGCACGUCCGAAAGCAUCCUGCAACUGAUCAAAGAAACCACCAAAAAUCUAUCAAACACCAAUUUUGAGCUUAAAAAUUCGAUUAAUGAGCUAUCUCAGAAAUACUCCAUAACUGACGCCACAUCCUGGGAGUUAAUUUAUUCUGUAGUAUCUAAGAAAGAUAAGAACAAAAAGAACGUCAAAAUUGCUACGGAUGACAAGGACAAACAAAUAACCAAGGCGCCAACAGUAGAGCAGGCAAUGGAAGCUGUACCUGUGCAGGAGUUUGAGUUAUCAUGUAAUUUCAAAAGCUUUAUUGAUAUUGAAUCUGCUGUCAUGCCAACCUCUAUAGAUGUUUGCACUAACAUUGUAAACGAAAUAGUAGAUCUUGCCUUAGUUGAAGCUAUAGACUGGAAAGAGUAUCAAGUCUCAGUAGACGUAUUAGAGGAGAUGAUCAGCAUUAUUGAGACCUUGGAGAUGAUUUCUUCAUCUGUUACAAUUUCUUACGAGGCAGAAUCGUUCGUUGAUCUGAUAAAACAAGAAAGGGAUGAAUUUCAAUUUGAUUUUAUUCACAAAUUUGAAGCAAUUAUCCAAUCAUCUGAAAGUACACAAAAGACAAAGAAGACAGCAUUGGACAUUUGCAAUGCUUCGUAUGACUCAAUAAUACGAAGCUGCGUAUCUUUGUUCAAUGAUUCAAUCGAGAACGCCAUGUCAAUGUUGAAUGCAGCAUCUUCUGGACAGGAUACUUUUGAAUUACUAAUGGAAAUGGAGACUUACGACGAAGCAUGUCAAGAAAAACAGGCUAUUAUAAGUCAGUGCUCAGGAAGUGAUGAACAUUUAAACACUAUCAAAAAUCUUUAUCUCCAUGAGGACUCAUACUGGCAUGGCACAUUGAACGAAGAUGUCAUUUCCUCGAUGAUUUCUGAAUCGAAAAAUGAAUACAAUAGACAAGAUGAGGCCCUCAGGAAAUUGAUAGAUAAGCUACACUCAUCCCCCCACAAAAAACCUACUAGCUCAGAAAUACCCACAAUAUCAAUUCCAGCCAUUAUGCAGUCAUUGGAAAAUAAUGUCAGCCCAAAAUCAAAAAAAUUGCAACCUUCUCUUACUCUGUUGUCGUUGGGGCAAGAGAAGAAAAUUUCUUUUCCGAUACAUGCUGUUGAAUCAAACAAUCGCCAUGUAAGGAAAUUUUUACACCAGGCAGUGUUGGGGGUUUUUUCUUUGGAGUAUACAAGCGAUGUUGUAGCAAUUCUAGCGAACUAUCUCCAAGCAAAGAAUGUUCGAACAUUUCUAAUGGAUUUGCAAAUUAUGAUAGAUAACGACAAGAUCAAUAUCAAGAAACUGUCACAACUUUCUAGGCAAUACGACAUUCCUGAAAUGUACAUUCUAUGUACUAGAGCCUUAAAUUUCGAUUUACAUUCCCUAACUAUUGAACUCACCAAGCCUUACCUGGUGCGCUAUUCUCUUUCCACAUGGGCCAAUUGGGAGAAAGACCUUUCGUUUUUACCUGACUGUGACAAGCUGUUUGACAUAAUGUAUUAUAUUCGGUUCAAAGUUGAUUUAGACACUCUACUAGGUCAUGGAACUCCGUACUCUCUAAAAGAAAACACAUGGAAACAAUGCUACGCAGAACAACGAAUUACUUUUGUGUUAAAAGAUUCCAUUACCUACCUAGAGAAGUUUUAUCCAAAAACUUAUUGGGACGAAUAUUAUCCAGCUGACAAUUCGAUUUAUGAAGGAAAUAUUGAUAUUAAUGAUCACUUUAAAACAGAACUUACAAUAUGGAAAAUAAUUGGAAAGCAUAUAAGGAAACUGAAUUUGAAAAACUUAGGUUCCCUCAUUACGGAUAGAGAACUGUUGAUUAUAUCAAAGUGCUGUCCCCUUAUCGAAGAAAUUAAUCUCAAGAAUUGUUCCAUAACUAAAGAUGGAAUCAAAAAGUUUAUUGCAUCUCUCGGAAAUCCUCAAACACUCUCCAUCAAGACCAAGUUUUGGUAA